AUGGAUAUGGUGAAUGAAGAAAUGACUGCGGCCCUCAAAGAUGUCGUCUCAGCGCAAGUCGACACGAACGGCAUCGCAAGAAUCAACAUGUGGGAUACAGCAAAUCGCAUUUUAAGCAGGUUAUUGUUGCCGCUCAUGUGUCGACCGUUGAUGAGGUGUAUCAAGACCGCAGCCAAGCACGCGACACCUGUCAUCAAGGAACGGAUGGCCAUUCUAGAUGCUGCCGAUGAGAAAGGUCUUGAGCCAGAGUUGCCAAAUGAUAUGCUAAGCGCAAUCAUCGUGGCGGCCAAAAAGGACAGCAAAUCAGAAAACGAAUAUGACCCUUUGGUCAUAGUGGCCAGAAUGAUGGUUCUGAACUUUGUUCAGUCCUACACCAACCUCGUGACCAUGACCAAUCUGGUAUAUGAUCUCAUCUCAUUACCAGAAGGUGAUUUUGAGACCAUGGUGGAAGACUUGCGUGCGGAGAUCCAGAGGGAAAUGGACAAGGGCGAUGGCUACUCUCACGGUUUCUUUCAAAGACUUGACCUCAUGGACUCAUUAAUUCGCGAGAGCAUUCGCUACAAUCCGAUUGGUGAGACUGGCCUCGAGCGAGCUGUUGGCAAGAAAGGAGGCUUCACUUUUUCCAACGGUAUUCAUGUUCCGCAGGGCGCGCUGCUUGCGGCUCCGAUCAAGGUCUAUCAACGCGAUGAGGCGGCCUACCCCGGCGGCUUCAACCCGCGCCGUUCAAUGGAGGAUCCGGAGCAUCCCAAGGUAACAGACAUUUCCCCGAGCUUUCUCAACUUUGGUCUUGGUCGGGGGGCAUGCCCUGGGCGGUGGUUCACAAGCAACUUACUCAAGCUAGUGCUGACGCAUUUGCUUUUGGAUUACGACUUUGUGCGACUUGACAAGCGGCCGGAGAAUGUCCGCAAGGUGACUCUUGAUGAGCCUUGCGGCCGAUUUCUCAUCACAUUGAAAAAAAGAAAGGUUUAA